AUGUCGUCAUCUGCACAUUUGAGGAGGCUGGUGGUGGUAUGGCGAGUAACAAUAUCCAACAUUGCUAUUAAUAUCCAUGUCCAGUUGAUCUCCGCUAGCUGUCGUAGUCAAACCGAAAUCGUGCAAGUGAAAUGCAUCCGGCGUAUCCCUCCUCUCGUCCAUCAUCUUCAGGAUCUUCUCAAACGCAGCAACUUGGUUAAAUUGAUAAAGAAGUGCAAGGAUCUUGGACUGGGUCCUGGAGGCUUCUAUUUACCUGGCUAUCGUGAUGGAGCAAAGCUGAACUUGAAGAUGAUGUGCCUUGGUAAAAAUUGGGACCCUGAGACAAGUACUUAUGGUGAUGAAAGGCCUUGUGAUGGCUCCAAACCUCCCAUUAUUCCUAAAGAAUUUUGUGACUUGGCUAAAAGGGCUAUAAAAGAUUCCCAUGCACAUAUAGAGAAAGACUCCAGAAAAAGAUAUGUGGAAGAUGUUUUACCCUCGAUGUCGCCUAACAUCUGCAUAGUCAAUUUCUACUCAACAAGUGGCCGCCUUGGUCUCCAUCAGGACAAAGAUGAAAGCCAAGAGAGUCUUCGUAGAGGAGUGCCCGUGGUGUCCUUUUCAAUUGGUGACUCUGCAGAAUUUUUGUAUGGUGACCAGAGAGAGAUUAACCAGGUGGAGAAAAUCAGACUGGAAUCCGGGGAUGUGCUGAUAUUUGGUGGUAAAGCUAGGAACAUAUAUCAUGGUGUCUCAACUAUUUUUCCAGACACAGCUCCCAAGCUUCUGUUAGAAGAGACAAAUUUGAGGGCUGGCCGUCUGAAUCUCACUUUUAGAGAGUACUGACAGACAUUUUUUGUGGGUUGGAAGCUGGAUCAAUUCGUUGAACUCAACUGAAUUGUAACCUUAAAUCCUUUCUAUGUCCUAUGAUGUAUUCCUGCAAAGACAGGAAAUUGGUAAAUCGCCAAAAAGAAAAUUUGCAAGAACUUCAGAAAAUCACGGAUGCUUAGAUCUAGAGGAAAUCACGUAGCCUUCGGUUUGCAUGGCUGCCAGACUACCA